AUUGCGACGCAAAGUUUUAACAGGUCAGAUCUCUCCAUCUGAAUAUAAAACCCCUUUCUAAUUACUCGCUUCAUUCCUCGUCGUCUACCUCUCUCUCUCUCUCUCUUUCUCUCUCUAGCGGCGCAGAUGGAUCCCGAUGCAGUGGCGAAGGCCUUCGUCGAACACUACUACUCAACCUUCGACACUAACCGUGCCGGUCUAGCGGGUCUCUACCAGGAGGCUUCCAUGCUCACUUUCGAGGGUCAGAAGAUCCAAGGAGUCCAGAGCAUCGUCGCCAAGCUCACAUCUCUCCCCUUCCAGCAGUGCAAGCACAAUAUCUCCACUGUCGAUUGCCAGCCUUCUGGUCCCGCCUCCGGUAUGCUCGUUUUCGUCUCCGGUAACCUCCAGCUCGCCGGCGAGGAGCACGCCCUCAAGUUCAGCCAGAUGUUUCACUUGAUGCCGACACCACAAGGAAGCUUUUACGUGUUCAAUGAUAUUUUCAGGCUCAACUACUCCUGAACACCCAUCAGAUUCUUGCAUUCCUAUACUACUAUUUGAGCAAUCCUUUUAUCAUUUCCCGCUUGUCUUUCUUUCUUUUUUCUUUAUUCAUAUAUGAUUUGUCUCUUGUAUUUGAUUUGGAUUGUUUGCUCAUUUGUCAUUUACAAUCUAUUGACUUGAUCAGAUAAUUUGAAAUGGCUUCCAAUGUCA